UAUAAUCAGCUGCAUUUGACGCCAGCUACUAUUGACGCUCGUAAUUUCUGGCGCUUCAUCAAUAAUUUUGUGCCCGGUUGCACAGGAUUCCAGCCAGCAAACCCGGAGUAUCCGGGACAUCAGGUCCAUCUGACGCCCAUUUCUUAUGUCAGAGCGCUGAAUGGCUUACUUCUUGCCAUAACCACCAACAGUGAUAGCUUUCCACGAUGAUCUUCAUCCAACUGCUGUUUUGGGCGCUCACGUUCAGCGGUUCUGCACUGGCUUGGCAGUCUUUCUUAGUCAAGGAAUCUGUCUCUGUCAUACCGCGGGGAUGGACAACAAGCAGCAGAGCACCUCCCGAUCAUCUUUUGCGGCUACAAAUUGGAUUACGUCAGGCUGACCCAACGUCUUUGUAUGAUGCACUCGCCAACAUCAGUGAUCCAAGACACGUGCAGUAUGGCCAGCACUUGGAAAAGGAGCAAGUCGAGGCGCUUGUUCGUCCCCACCCGGAUGCCUCUGAAUCAAUCGAAGCCUGGCUUUCACAUCACGGCAUCCCAGCAGGAUCUGUCAGCCGAAACGGAGCAGGCGACUGGCUUAGUAUCGAAGUUCCGGUGCACAAAGCCGAGCACAUGUUGGACGCAGAAUAUCGCAUCUUCGAGCAUGAAGACGGUUCGUCAAUCGUGCGUUGUAGUAGUUGGUCGCUACCAGCCGACUUGUAUGAACACGUGGAGUUUAUCCAGCCUACUACCAUGUUUGCGCGCCUCAAGCCACAAAGGUCUUUUGUCCACUCGGUAUCACCAGGAAUCGUCCUGGCAAACCCUAUCGACUGCUCACACUACGUUACGCCGGACUGCAUCAAGGAGCUGUACGGCAUAGGCAGUUAUCGACCCAACUCUAGCGCUCCCAAUCAUCUAGGCAUUGCAGGGUAUCUUGAAAGCUACGCUAAUGUGAACGAUACUACAUUUUUCUAUCAAGAAUUCGCUCCUAAGGCCUUCGCGGACGAUUUCACUUUUUCGGUUGAGCUCAUCAACAAUGGUUUUAAUGACCAGUCCGAGAUGGCGGCUAGCUUGGAAGGAAACCUGGACGUCCAAUAUGGAGGCUCAUUAUCUUUCCCAAUACCGAAUACCUACUACUCCACUGGUGGUUCCCCCCCUUUCAACCCAUCCAGCGGUACUCCCCAGAAUACUAAUGAGCCGUACGCGGAAUUCCUGUCAUACAUUCUCAACAAGUCCAAUAGUGAGCUGCCCACCGUAUUGUCAACGUCAUAUGGGGAUGAGGAGCAGACAGUUCCGUAUUCUUAUGCUGUCAGCGUCUGCAAUCUUUUUGCUCAGCUCGGUGCCCGCGGCGUGAGCGUCUUGUUCAGCUCUGGUGAUGGUGGUGUUGGAGAUGGCAAGGGCCCUGGACAAGACUCGCUCACUUGCAUCUCAAUCGAUGGGAACUACACCCCCAUGUUCCUGCCUUUUUUCCCAGCCACAUGUCCAUAUGUCACUGCUGUUGGAGCAACAUCUGGUGUGCCCGAAACCGCCGCCUCGUUUAGCGGGGGAGGAUUCUCCAAUUAUUUCUCAAGACCUUACUGGCAGGAGGGUGCUGUGAAUGCUUAUACCCCGCAAAUACCCAGCUCGUAUUCUGGAUUCUAUAACGCCUCAGGACGAGCUUAUCCAGAUGUGUCCGCGCAAGGCGAUAACUUUAUCAUCCGACAAAGUGGAAAUCUCACCACUGGAUUUGGCACGUCUUGCUCAGCUCCGACAUUAUCCAGCAUCAUUGCAUUACUUAAUGAUUUUCUCAUGGCUCGGGGUAAAGCGCCCCUGGGCUUCCUGAACCCUUGGUUGUAUAUCAUUGGAUCUACUGGGUUCAACGAUAUUGUAACUGGGACCAAUCCGGGUUGCGGGAAAAACGGAUUCAGUGCAGCCGUUGGUUGGGAUCCAAUCACCGGAGUCGGCACGCCGAAUGUCACUCGACUCAUGAGUCUCCUGUCAUUAUCAUUAUAAUAUACCGGUCUUCAUCCUUGAUUUGU